AAGUUAUAUGGUUUGAUUUUGGACUGUCAAAAACCAAAGUCAUUACUCACUCACCUACUCAUCUUCUGGCAAUUGCCACUUUCAGCAGUGCUGUCACUAAACACACCAGUCUCCUCUGUUAAAUGAUGAGAUUUGAUAGGUGGGGUACAACCUGGAAAGUUUGCCAGUCCAUCACAGGACCCCAUAGAGACAAGCAACCAUCCACUCACUCUCACAUUCACACCUAUGGUCACCCCCCCAAGAAAUCAUGGGGCCGGCCGAUGCUUGUUCCGGCACUGGUCCAGUGAAGGAGAGGCAUAAGGAUGUCAUUGGUUGAGAGCGUGGAAGGUCAGCCUAUAAAUACGCAUGGGUUUCAAACGCAGCAGCAGCAUCAGCAUCAGGCGCCGCUUUGCCGCCUUCAGUUUCUCCGGUGCGCACAGAUCACACCAGCAUGCCUCUGUCCGGAUGUGCCAACACGGUGCGGUUGGUCUUCCUGGGAGCGGCGGGUGUCGGGAAGAGUGCGCUCAUCCGCCGCUUCCUCCACGACCGCUUUGAUCCCAAGUACACGCGCACAGUGGAGGAGCUUCACGUGCUGGAGUUCGACGCCGCAGGUGGAUCAGGGAAGACGCGUCUGGAGAUUUUGGACACGAGCGGCAGCUACUCCUUCCCGGCCAUGCGGGAGCUCUGCAUCCGACACAGCGACGCUUUCGCUCUGGUGUACGCGGUGGACGAGCCGGGCUCCUUCGCGGAGGUGCGGCGUCUGCGCGACGAGAUCCUGGAACUGAGGUGCGGCAAGAGCGCGCCCAUCACCGUGGUGGGCAGCAAGUCGGAUCUCACCGAAGCCGAGGGUCGCGUCCUAUUGGCAAGUGACACCAUGGCCACAGUGGAGAGAGAGUGGGACGUCAACUUCGUGGAAGCGUCCGCGCGCACAGGUGGUAACGCGGUGGGAGUUUUCCGUGCGCUGCUGCAACAGGUGGAGCUGCCGCAGCGGCUGAGUCCCACCGUGUGCAGGCGCAGAGACACGGUGCCCAGAGCCGCAGUGAAGAGGAGGCCACUACUGAAGAAGAACAAGAGCUGCAUCCUGUCAUAGCUUCAUCAGUUUGGUGAUGAAGCUGAUGAUGAGGAGGAGGAUGGUGGUGGAUGAAACUUCACUGUCACUUUAUAUGUAAGCCCACAUGUGAUGCACUUUACUAUGUGUUUAUUUUCAUUUUUACAUGAAUAUCAAUAAAAUAACUUUUGUGACUUUUUCUGCUGA